AUAUAAAAUUGACACAAAUAAAGAAUUAAAGCAGAUGGCGCAAGCUUCCUAUCUUGAUUGCGAGAGAUGAACCAAAUUUAUAGGUUUGAAAUAAUUAAGCAAAUAAAAAGAAAGAAAGAAAAAUCCUGCACCAUUCAUAGAAACAAGAAAGUUUACAUUCAAAAGCAUAUCAUGGAGGCCUCUAAAUUGUGUAUUUAUCCAUUAUAAUUCCAUGACGUAUUCUGGUCAUUUUCACCGCGACAACCAGAUCCAGUAGUAAUUCCCCAGCCCACGCAACUAGACCCAUCCUCUCUCUCUCUCUCUCUCUCUCUCGGCGACUACUCCUCGUUCUCUUGGCUCUCUCUGCGUAGUUUUUUUUUUUUAACCUUUUUCUUCCUCUUUUUCUAUGUAGUCUAGUUGUUCGCAUAACCCACUUACUCUAAAGCAGGCUCUCUAUUUCUUUUAUCUUCUCUCACAGAAAUUCUUACCCAAGAAAACUACAGCAUGAAAGAAGAGCAACACAACCUUCAUCAACAACACCACCAAAAGAAAGCCAUUGCGUUUAGACCCAUUGCAUAUGUCUUCCUCUUAUUGCUCACCUACACCUUGGGCUACUUCUCUUCUUCCUCUUUUUGUUCUUCUCCUCCUCCUCCUUCCUCAAACCCAUCAAUCCAACAGUUCGCUAAUCUUCCCAACCAACUCGACCACUUCCGAGUCACCACCCACUGCGGCGACCCGGUCCCAUCGGAAGUCGUCAGGAAAACCAUCCUCGACCGCGUAUUCAACUCCACGUCGCCAUACGACAGCUUCCCCCCUGCUUAUGUUAGAAACCUCCUCCUUCCCAAGCGAAUCAAAGGGUGGGGCUCCAACGGCGCAGUCUUCCUGCACCUCAUCCAGAAAGUCAGGCCCAAGACCAUCAUCGAGGUGGGCACGUUUCUGGGGGCGUCGGCCAUUCACAUGGCCAAGUUGACCCGCCAACUUGGACUCGAGACACAGAUCAUCUGCGUCGACGACUUCCGAGGCUGGCCCGGGUUUCGCGACAUCUUCAAGGACAUCGUUAUGGUAAACGGCGACGUGUUGUUGCUGCAGCAGUUCAUGCAGAACGUAGUUUAUCACAAUGCAACGGAGUCGAUUUUACCCGUGCCGUUUACAAGCUCGGCGGUGCUUGAGAAGCUGUGCGACUGGGGCAUAUUGGGGGAUUUGAUCGAAGUGGAUGCGGGUCAUGAUUUUAACUCGGCCUGGGCCGAUAUUAACCGGGCCUACCGUCUUCUGAGGCCUGGUGGGGUGCUUUUCGGCCAUGAUUACUUCACUGCAGCCGAUAAUAGAGGAGUAAGAAGAGCAGUGACUCUAUUUGGUCGCAUUCAUGGUCUCAAAAUUAAACUUGAUGGCCAACAUUGGGUCAUAGACUCCUCAUAAUGUAAAUUCCUUUUUUUUUUCCAAAUUUAUAGAUGAAGUUUUCAAAUGUGCAUUGUUACAAUACAAAUAAUUAAUAUGUAUUUUUCUUCUUCUAUAUAUUGGGCAAGCAUUACUAAAUAGAAUUUGAUAAUUUGAUAAAAUUAAGUUUGAUGUGA